CGAUUCCAAUUUCUUUGAUGGGUAUCAGUUGCAUUUUUCCAUUCCUGUAGAACUCACUAGAGUAACCAAAACUUUUAUCAAAAUGUUCGCCAAAUUGUUCUUCAUCGCCGCCGUGGCCAUUGCCUGCGUUAGCGCCAAGCCCGGAAUUGUUGGAGCUCCGCUGGCUUAUUCCGCACCCCUGGUGGCCGCUCCAGCUUUGGCUCCAGCUCUGGCCUACACUGCCGGAUAUGCCAACGUAGGAGACUCGGCCGUUGUCACCUCCCACAACUCUCAGGUUAUCAAUCCAGCGUUUGCCGCUUACACUGCAGCCGCCUACACUGCCGCUGCUCCUUUGGCUUACACUGCUGCUGCCCCCUUCGGAGCUCCCCUGGCCUACAGUGCUCCUCUGGCUUAUGCUUCCCCAUUGGCGGCCAAAUACGUUCUGUAAAUGAGCCCUGUCCUAUCUAGGUGUGAUCUCAGAUGGUUUUAACAAUGGAAAAAAUUGAUCAAAUAGAACGCAAAUUGAACAACUAGAAAAAAAA